AGUUACCCCAUAUCCAACCACUGCACCACUCACUGGCAGCUCACUCGCUCCGAGCUGAGCUGAGCUGAGCUGAGAGGGGAGGCAGCUCGUUGGCUCGCUUUUGUUGGUUUGCCACGCUCCAAUUUAUGGCGAUUUAAUGCCUCCAGCGAGGAGGAGUUGGAGCAGCAUCAAUGGCCAUGGAUGCAGUCGCUACUGCUGCCCAAAUCUAAAUCUACAAUCGUCUUCUUCUCCAUCUCAGAUGAGAAACAAACCCCAUCGCUCUCUCCUCUCCUAGCUCGCUCGCUCGCUCGCUAGCUUUCCCUGGAACACCGCCCGAGGAUUUCUUUUUUGGUCUCUUUUCCUCCCUUUUUUUUUCUUCCUUCCUUUCUUUUCGUUAAUGGCCGGUGGCAAGUAGUACCAGUACUGUCUCGACGUGUUGACAUCUCUGCUCUCUGGCUCUCUGCUCCGCCAUUAAUUCCUCGUCGUCUCAUCCUGUCCGUGUUCCCGUGCUCUGGUAGCGAGAGGGGCACGAGAUCGGAGUGUUUGAAAUUCAAACCGUCCGGCUUCGGCCGGUUUGUUAAUUUCUCGAUUUGGGCUGCCCCAUUGGAUUCUUGUUUUAGCUGGAUUCGCUGCAGGGUUGACGCCCGCGGCCCGGGCUUUCCGAGCGAGAUUCCUUUUCGCAUUUUUGGUACGCAAGGUGCUCGAGGAAAGGUUUGCGUGCCAUGGGGGCCGAGCCGCUCGUGCACAAGGUGCUGUCCAUGGCGGCGACCUCGUCGUCGUCGAAGAAGACGAAGCCGGCGGCUGCGGGGGAGGAGGAGCAGGGCAGGGUGGGCAUCCUGUCGUUCGAGGUGGCCAACGCCAUGUCGCGCGCCGCCAACCUCCACCGGUCGCUGUCCGACGGCGAGGCGGCGCGGCUGCUGGGCCCGCUCUGCCUGGGCUCCAGCGCCGUGCGCGCCCUCGUCCCCGGCGACGACGCGCGGCUCCUGGCGCUCGCCCUCGCCGAGAAGCUCGACGCGCUCAACCGCGUCGCCGCCGUCGCCUCCCGCCUCGGCCGCCAGCGCUGCACGCUCCCGGCGCUCCUGGGAUUCGACCACGUCUACGCCGACCUCCUGGCGGGCCGCUCCGACGCCGCCGCCUUCUCCCCGGCCGACUCCGCCGCCGCAGACACCAGGCUCUUCCGCAAGCUCGACCGGCUCGCGUCCGCCACGGCGGCGCUGUACGCGGAGCUGGACGCGGUGGCGGAGCUGGAGCAGGCGGCGCGGAAGCUCCCCGCCGGCGCCGAGGCCCGCCGCGCGCUCGAGCGGCGCCAGCGCCUCCACGACGUGCGCAGGCUGAGGGACGCCUCGCUCUGGAACUGGACCUACGACAGGGCGCUCCUCCUGCUCGCCCGAGCCGUCUGCGCCAUCUACCACCGCAUCCGCCUCGUCUUCGGCGACCCCAUGCUCGGCAUCAACCACCUGCUCUCCUCGUCUUCUUCUUCUUCGUCUCCGGCGGCCUCACGCCGCCGGCACCAGCAGCUCUCGGCUACUCCUCCCCACAGUAACCUCAGCGCCAAAUCAGGGCCGAUUGCCAGAGCGGUCGAUGUGGCCACGCCGCCAAGGCCAUCCAAUUCCAAUCUCCGGUCCAAUUGCGGGGGGAACAUGUUCAUGGAGUGCUUGAGCUUGAGCAGCUCCGUGUCAUGGAAGGAUGGGCUCGAGGAUGACUUCCUGGAAGACGACGCCGCCAGCUGUAUCAGCACGAUCAGGUCAGGGAUGCUCGUGCCCUUCAGCGGCGACGCCGCAUCCAUUCCGGUCGCCAAGAAUGCCGGAGGGAGAAGAAAUGUGCGGUUUGGUCCCAAGAGCACGGUGACAUCGCUGGCCCCGCCGUCUACGAUCGGCGGGUCGGCGCUCGCAUUGCAUUACGCCAACAUCAUCAUCAUCAUUGAGAAGCUGCUCCAGUACCCACACCUUGUCGGCGAGGAGGCCCGGGAUGAUCUCUACCAGAUGUUGCCGUCCAGCCUGAGGGUGUCACUGAGGAAGAACCUGAGGACCUAUGUCAAGAACAUGGCCAUCUACGACGCGUUCCUAGCGCAUGACUGGAGGGAGACAGUUGAGAAGACGCUGUCGUGGCUAGCGCCGAUGGCGCACAACAUGAUGCGGUGGCAGGCCGAGAGGAACUUUGAGCAGCAGCAGAUUGUGCUCAAGGGCAAUGUCUUGCUCCUGCAGACGCUGUACUUCGCUGACAGGGAAAAGACGGAGGCGGUCAUCUGCGAGUUGCUCGUGGGCCUCAACUACAUAUGCCGGUACGAGCAGCAGCAGAACGCGCUGCUCGACUGCUCCAGCAGUCUCGACUUCGACGAUUGUAUGGAGUGGCAGCUGCAGUAGAUGCAAAGGUCAGGUUUCUGCUUAGUUUGUUCCAUAGUGUUACAAGUAAUAUGAGAAAACAAAAGGGACAGGUGCUUGUGUUUUGGUUUGGAUUCCUUUCUCUCCCUCUUUCAGCUUUUGUGCAUGAGAUCAUCUAUCUAUCUGUUCAUACAUGAAUGAAUAUAGGAUUGCCUAAUGCUUUUUCCACCGGAAA